AUGUCCAAGUGGAGGGAGAAUGAGACCGGAGUCAGCGAGUUUCUCCUGCUCGGCAUCACCAAUGAUGCACGGCAGCAACAAGUCCUCUCCUGGGCCUUCCUGUGCAUGUACCUGGUCACGGUGGCCGGGAACACGCUCAUUUUCCUGGCCAUCAGCUCCGACCCGCGCCUGCACACCCCUGUGUACUUCUUCCUCGCCAACCUCGCCUUCGUUGACAUCUGUUUCACCACCAAUCUCAUCCCCAGGCUCCUGGUUGGCCAUGUGGCGGGAACACAGACCAUCUCCUACGCCCACUGCCUGACUCAGAUGUACUUUCUAAUCUCCUUUGCCAACGUGGACACAUUUCUGCUGGCUGCCAUGGCCCUGGACAGAUUCGUGGCCAUCUGCUACCCACUUCAGUACUGCACCAUCAUAACCCCCAAGCUCUGCGGGGGGCUGGCAGCCGUUGUGUGGGUAGGCUCUGGCCUCAUCUCUCUGGUGCACACGCUCCUCAUGAGCAGACUGACCUUCUGCUCCUCCCUUCCCAAGAUCUCUCACUUCUACUGUGAUGCUUAUCUGCUCAUGAAGGUGGCCUGCUCAGACACACGGGUCAAUCAGCGCGUCUUCCUGGGGGCCGUGGUCCUCUUCGUGACCCCCUGCAUUCUCAUUGUGGUCUCUUACGUCCGCAUCGCUGUGGUGGUCUUCCAGAUACCCUCUGCCCAGGGCAGACACAAAGCGUUUUCCACAUGUAGCUCGCACUUGUCUGUGGUCACGCUGUUCUAUGGGACGGUUCUGGGAAUCUAUAUACGGCCUCCGGAUUCCUUCUCCACCCAGGACACGGCAGCCACCAUCAUGUACACUGUGGUAACCCCCAUGCUGAACCCCUUCAUUUACAGCCUGAGGAACAAGGACAUGAAGGAGGCAGUGACAAGGCUCUUAAACAGGGUCCCAAAGUCCUUUUAG